UACUCACGCUGCAACGUCUUGUCCCUGCAAGCUGGAGGAUCCAUUUAACUUCUUUUUAAGGUUCAGCUCGCUGGGGAGGAACGACGGCGUGGAAGUGGGACCGGACAAAGACUCGUUAUCGAGGGACCCUGGUCGGGAAGGAAGGUGAGAAAAGGUGGAAGUUCAGGUGACAUCUGCACACUCAGUGAAACUGAUAUCUCCAAUGCUGAGGAAAUGGCCAAAGCACUGAAACCGUUAAGGGAUGCAACAAAAAUCAUGUCAGAGGACUCUAUGCCCACACUAUCAGUCAUUGCUCCAUUACAUGCUCAGCUGCUUCAUGACACCACACCAGACUUUGCUGAGGAUGACGCACCACUUGUGCAGGAAAUAAAAAUGACCAUUCAUGAAGAUCUCUCAAAGAGAUACACAAGUGUGCAGAUGAAGAACAUUCUUCUGACUGCCUCCACGCUGGAUCCCAGGUUCAAAGCCCUUCCUUUCCUCACCAAAGAGGAGCAACUGGACGUCCAUGCCAAAGUGAUUGUGGAGGCUGCAGCUCUUGAAAAAGAGGUGGUGCAAGCUGAGGCUGAGGUUGGGGCUGAAAAUACAGAUAUUAUGGAAGAAGAAAGUCCUCCUGCCCCUAAAAGAGCAUCAGCACUUGUUAACUUACUUGGAAGAACAUUUACUGAGGUGAAAGUUGUCCCCAAAUCCGCCAGCAGCAAAGCUGAAGAGGAGCUGAAGAAAUAUCUGGAGGCCCCCCCACUGUCUCUCUCAGAGGACCCCCUUCAUUGGUGGAGUUUACAUGAGGCAUCUUUCCCUCUCCUGGCUAAAUUGGCCAAACGGUACUUAUGCAUACCUGGCACUAGUGUUGCAGCAGAGAGAGUAUUCUCUACUGCAGGGGAUAUAGUGACUGCACAAAGGAGCAAUCUAACCCCACACCAUGUUGACCAACUACUCUUUCUUCAAAAAAACUUGGACAUUGCUAAUUGUGGACCGUAAUCCCUCAUAUCCAGUGAGCAUUCUGUUAAUCACUAUAGUGUUACAGUGUAAAACAUGUACUGAACAGGAGUUUUAGCGUGAC